AUGUCAACUUUUGCACUUGGGAGGUUGGCACAGGACUCACACAAUCAAGCUGGCAUUGCUUACAAUGGAGGUAUAGAGCCUCUCCUCAAUCUUCUUGUCACAAAUAAUCCUUCUGUCCAACACAAUGCAGCUUUUGCUCUUUAUGCUCUUGCUGAUAAUGAGAGACGAAGGUUAAAGAAACCCGUUCCUGCCGUUGAAACUCGUCUUAAAAUCAGGAUUAAGACUACAGCUGGGAGGCCUCCGCCUGUAGUCAUCAACGAGCCUACUGAACAUGAAGUGAUUGCCAAGAUAAACAAUCCUAGCGAGAGUGAUAACUCCAGUUCUAGUGCUGAAAUCCCAGUCCAGGACACUGCUGGCACUUCCAAACGAAUUCCUACUCCUGUCGAGGACUAUGACACCUUCUUGAAUAGUGAAGGGGAUCCUACCUAUAGGCCCACUUCAGUGAAAGGCUCUUUCAUGAGUUCAGCUGACGAAGUGAAUCAAACUUCCGAACCUCAGCACGAAACCAUAAAAGAAGCCGAUGAAGAAGAAGCUGUAGGAAACCAAGAGGUGACUAGGGUUCCGUUGGUUGAUGUGCAAGAGAAUGAAGAGGAAAGUAUCCCUGUUGCUGAAACUGAAAUAGAGAGGGAGAAUGUAGAAAUCCAAGAGGCUGAUGGUGAAGAAGGUUUUGCUGAAGGAAACAAAAUCCUCCAGGCACUGAAGCAAUUCCAGAUCAGUCUUCACAAGGAAAGUCAGUACCAGGGCAAGGCACAAAGGAGAAAUCUAGAGGAACUGAAAAGCUACAAAAACUAG